CACGUCCGGCAGACUUAGAGCCCGUGCGGAGGCGGUGCGGAGCGCUUCGAUACUCAGCGGCUCGGGAACUUGUGCGUUCUACGAGGCUGCGGCGGAGCCUCUAUAUAGAAGGCGCAAGAGGUUGGCAGCUUCGAUUGAAGCACGUCGAGCGGCGAUAGCAGCUAGGAGUCAUGAGCGACAGCGGCGAGCAGAAUUACGGCGAGCGGGAAUCCCGUUCUGCUUCCAGAAGUGGAAGUGCUCAUGGAUCUGGGAAAUCUGCAAGGCAUACCCCUGCAAGGUCUCGCUCCAAGGAAGAUUCCAGGCGUUCCAGAUCAAAGUCCAGGUCCAGAUCUGAAUCUAGGUCUAGAUCCAGAAGAAGUUCACGAAGGCAUUACACAAGAUCAAGAUCUCGGUCCCGCUCCCAUAGACGAUCCCGUAGCAGGUCUUAUAGUCGAGAUUAUCGAAGACGGCAUAGCCACAGUCAUUCUCCCAUGUCUACUCGCAGGCGUCAUGUUGGGAAUCGGGCAAAUCCUGAUCCCAACUGUUGUCUUGGAGUGUUUGGAUUGAGCUUGUACACUACAGAAAGAGAUCUAAGAGAAGUGUUCUCGAAAUAUGGCCCCAUUGCAGAUGUGUCUAUUGUAUAUGACCAGCAGUCUAGACGGUCAAGAGGAUUUGCCUUUGUGUAUUUUGAAAAUGUAGAUGAUGCCAAGGAAGCAAAGGAGCGUGCCAAUGGAAUGGAGCUUGAUGGACGUAGGAUCAGAGUUGAUUUCUCUAUAACAAAAAGACCACAUACCCCAACACCGGGAAUUUACAUGGGAAGACCUACCUAUGGAAGUUCACGCCGUCGGGAUUACUAUGACCGAGGAUAUGAUCGAGGCUAUGAUGACCGAGACUACUAUAGCAGAUCAUACAGAGGAGGAGGUGGAGGAGGAGGAGGAUGGAGAGCUGCUCAAGACAGGGAUCAGAUUUACAGAAGGCGGUCACCUUCUCCUUACUAUAGUCGUGGAGGAUACAGAUCACGUUCUAGGUCUCGAUCAUACUCACCUCGUCGCUAUUAAAGCAUGAAGUUGAAGACUUUCUGAAAUUUACCCUAGAGUUGGGAUAUUGUUUGUGGACAAUAUUUUUAUUGUCUCCUGUUUAAAAAGUGAACAGUGCCUAGUGAAGUUAGGUGACUUUUACACCUUUUAUGAUGACUACUUUUGGUGGAGUUGAAAUGCUGUUUUCAUUCUGCAUUUGUGUAGUUCGGUGCUUUGUUCAAAGUUAAGUGUUUUCAGAAAAGUAUGUUUUGCAUGUAUUUUUUUACAGUCUAAAUUUUGACUGCUGAGAAGUUUCUAUUGUACAAAACUUCAUUUAAAAGGUUUUUCUACUGAAUCCAGGGUAUUCUGAAGAUCGAAGCCUGUGUGUAAAAUGCUACCAUAUGGUAAAAAGCAACAAUAAAGUUUGGUUUUUACUUUUCUUUCUAACAUUAA